AUGGCGAACGAUACAGAUUUUGCUGCCAUGCUGCCGACGAUAAAAUGCUCGAAUUGCAACAUGAACGUCGAAAUCUCGGCGAUGGGAGAACAUGUUUGCGCUCCAACACAACAAUCAUCGUCACCACCACCGUCUGCGGGCAUGAAAGCACUUAGACCUGGCCCUCCUCCGCGCAUCGAUCCUACUAUUGCUAAUCAACCCUUCUUGUCACCUAGCUACGGAAGUCCGUCAAGCAGUCUCGGUAGUCACCCGCUCACUCCACGAAUGUCGCCUUUGCGGAGCCAGACUUCUCCGUAUCCUUUGACGCCCUCAUCUCUCGAGUUUAAUGAUGAAGAUAAUAAUCCUGCGGCUACUAUUCGAGCAGCCUUGAGCCCAACCAUGACCACCAAAUCGCCACUUCGCUCGACGACUAUUUCCGAGGCCCCAACGAUUAACAGCGAUACUGCGAUUAGCGAUGGAUCGGAGGGCUUGCAUACGCGAUCGCCUUCCAUCGAAAGUAAAAGUACAUAUCGGACGUCGGUCUCGAGUAAACGCUACCGGGAAUCAACUUCAACAUAUUCAUCACGAGGCGUCUCAAUAAGUAUGCCGCGCAGCCCUCGGAACUUUAUGGAUGAAGUGCCUCCAAUACCCACCGGACCCUUGACUUCAUUUCGUCCUAGCUCACAGAUGAGCAAUGUCGAUUCGAAUAUUUCGAGCAGUCCACCAAAGACGAAGGGAGCUAGCUACAGCGGCUUUGAUUUUGGUUUAAUGGACGAGCCUCAGAGUUACGAAGAUGUUCCAAAACAGAAUACAUUGAUAAGAUCGCAGACGAUGCCGAAUACAGUGGAGACCAACCUCGACAUCAAUGAUAACUUUUUGACUAGGUGGCCCUCGCAGCCAUCACCAACCGUCCCUGGCCGGCCCUCACUACCUAGAGAAUCUAGCAUUCCGGAUCAAGCUUUCCCCAAGCCCCCUGCACUUGAGCCAAUUCCUCAGCAAGACAAUCUGAGUGGCCUGCCGACCUCGAACUUUAACGCCGGUCUUGGAUUAGAAAAGACCGCAUAUCAUGCGACUGAGGGGUCAACAUCGUCAAGCAAUUCAUCACGUUCCGAGACAGGUAGCGGUAGCUCAAUCUCGAGCCCGCCCUCGGACUUUGAUAGGAAACCGUCGGAUCUGACACAGAUUGAUUCAAUGCUGCAAGAACUGGAACUGGACCAGAAGCAGUCUCCUGUUGAAAGACAGCCACCGCCACCUCCGCUAGAUGGUGCAAGUCUCGAACCACCACGCGGUAUGGGCAAUCUCGAUCGUGGGCCUGACUCGCCCACCGAUCCUACUCUAGUUGGCGGUUCUUACGCAGCACGCAACUUUCACCCACCGGAGCUUACGCCAAAGAGCCCGUUGCGAGAAAAGACACCAGCAGAACACGCUCAGCAGAUCUCGCGACCAAACACUGCUGGUGGUCAAAAGCGUCGCUGUCGGGGAUGUGGGCAAGGCAUAGUUGGCAAAUCGGUUUCCUCGGCGGAUGGUCGCCUUACCGGACGGUAUCACAAGGCUUGCUUUGUGUGUUUUACUUGUCGAUCACCAUUUGAAACGGCAGACUUCUAUGUUCUUGACGAUCAUCCGUAUUGCUCUCAACAUUAUCAUGAACUUAAUGGCUCGACAUGCGCAACGUGCAAGCUAGGAAUUGAAGGGCAAUAUCUCGAGACUAUUGAACAAAGUACCUAUGGCACUGGAAAUCCGCAAAAGUUUCAUCCUGAUUGUCUGACCUGUCGCACGUGUCGCGUUGUACUUCGGGGCGAUUAUUUCGAGUGGAAUGGUCAAGUUUACUGUGAACGCGAUGCUCGACGAGCUGCAGCUAUGUCGGCGCCGCCUCCUAACAGACAACGUCCGACUAUGCCAUCAUCGCCUCUUGCUGGUCCUCCAGGUUUCCCACCUGGCCCGCCACCACCAGGCUAUCGUGGCCCUCCACGCCAGGGUGGUCCAGGUGGUCCCAUGGGGCCAGGUGGGCCUAUGAUGCCUCGCGGUCCACCUCCGCCUGGUGGUCGUGGUAUGGGUAGACCACCACCAUCACCUAGACAAGGUGGUAGCUUAGCUCCUCCCGGCGGUGCUCGACGCUUCCCGGAGAGAAGAACGACCAAGCUGAUGAUGGUAUGA